AUGGCAAGUCAUCCUUGUAAGAAGACUUGGGAUGAAGAAAUAGCAGAGCUAUUUCAUGAUACUGAACCAGAUCCAGAAAUAAAGCCUUACGAACACCCUGAUCCCCGAUUGUAUAAAUUUUGGGAUCUUAAUCAGAAAUACUUAUUUUUGCUGAAGGACGUGAUAGUGGCAGAUGUGCAAACUUCUGAUUCACCAGAGCAAUUCAUGGCCGUGCUUCCUAAUAGAUCUCUAGAUAAAACACAAAAACCCAUAUUUAUGGGCCCUGAAAAAAAGAAGAGCUGCUUGUCUUGUGUGAAGUCUGGGAAUGGUCAAUAUCAGCUAGAGUUAAAAGAGAAAGAUAUUGCAGAUCUUUAUUGGGAUUCAAAAAGCGCCAAAGCUUUCACUUUUUAUAGUAAGAGUGAUGGAAACGCUGAUACCUGCUCCUUUGAAUCUGCAGAGUUCCCGGGUUGGUUCCUCAGCACUUCUUCAGAAGCAAAAAAGCCUCUUGGUUUGAGUCAAAAAGGAGGACCUCAGAACGUCCUGUUUUAUUUUAAAAGAAAAUAA